AUGGAAAUAAUUCAAGUCGUCCACGUGUUUACUUUCUUUUGCAUACUUCAUCUCAUUGCUAGUGAUGAGUCGACGUCAGCUCGCGUAAUCGCUACCGACCUACUGGAAGAGGGAAAACUGAAUUUCAGACAAAUUGUCAACCAGUGUGGGUUUGAAUGUGACGUACACGAGGUGGUCACGCACGACGGAUACGUGCUCACGCUGUUUCACAUACCAGGAGAUAAGACGCGACCAGUGUUCCUCCUGUCGGGGAACUUCGGCUCAGCUGACGACUACAUCGCACGAGCCAACAUCUCCCUGCCGAUCAUUCUCGCAAAAGCUGGCUACGACGUAUGGGUGGGCAACUGGCGCGGCUGCAAGUAUGGCCGCCGCCACCUCACACUCGACCCUGACCGCGACCGAGACCAGUUCUGGAACUUCAGCUUCCACGAGUAUGGCCUAUACGACGUACCCGCAAACAUCGACUACGUUUUGAACAAAACCGAAUCGAAACAACUCGCCUGCAUUGCCUGGUCGAUGGGCACCACAGCGUUUUACGUCCUGGGGACACUACGACCGGAUUAUAACGAUAAAGUAUCGGUCCUGAUAUCGUUGGCCCCGAUUGGCACCCUGCACCAUUCCGUGCCCCUUCAACACAUGAUCGUGAUGUUUCCACUCCUGAACGCAUUUUGGGAAAUAACGGACACGCAAGAAAUGUAUGGCGAAAAUUCCACGUUUGUAACAGUUUUACGGUACGUGUGCCGAUCCGAGGAGUUGGGUUAUGAGCUGUGCAUGAAGGGGUGGAUUUUCGAUUCCUUUGGGGCGGAUCCGAAAAAUUUGGAGCGGGAAUUUACCCCGGUGAUGUUCAGCCAUUUUCCGUCGUCCAUCUCCACGAAGGCGAUGCGGCAUAUGGCGCAGGUCGUGAUGGCAAAACGACUCGUGCAGUACGACUACGGGCCGACGGAGAACUUCGAGCGGUAUGGGUCGGCGGAGGCGCCGAGCUACGAGCUGGAGAGGAAUGAUAUGCGCGUGGUGCUGGUGUCGGGCAAGAAUGACGUCAUCUCCACGCUGCCCGACGUGGAGCUGCUGAAGGCUUCGCUGGCCAACGUGGUGGAGCACGUGUUAUUGAAGCCUGCGGAGUUCAGCCAUUUCGACUUCGCGUACGGGAGGAGCUCCCAUAAAGUCUUGUACAAAACACACAUCUUGGGUUUUCUGAAAAAGUAUUUUAGUGUAAAUGAAGAAGAAUAA